CUAACACAACACAAAAGCAAUAAAGAAAACACACAGUCACUCUCAUCUUCUCUCUCUCUCUAACAGUUGUGUUUUCUGUUUCUGAGAAAUUCCCAUUUUCUACUUUACCUCUCGCUCCAUUUUUCUCAAUAUUUUCAUAUUCAAAUUCUGCAAUGCAUGAUCUUUCUAUUACGUCUAAUUUCACUGGCUGAAACCCAUAAAUUCACCGAGUUUUUCGGCUCACAAGACUCACUGAGUUGUCAUAGAAAUGCUUGAAGCAGUUGACAGUUCCGUCAAUGGUGGGUUUUCACAGUUACAGAGCUAUGGAGAUAGUAGUGAAGAAGAGCUCUCUGUUUUGCCACGGCACACCAAGGUGAUUGUCACUGGGAACAACCGUACUAAGUCGGUGCUUGUGGGUCUUCAAGGAGUGGUCAAGAAGGCUGUUGGGCUUGGAGGGUGGCAUUGGCUGGUUCUUACAAAUGGCAUAGAAGUAAAGCUACAAAGGAAUGCCCUGAGUGUGCUUGAAGCUCCGACUGGUAAUGAGGAAGAUGAUGACAUUGAAUUCGAGAAUGUGCAGUGGAAUGGUUCGGAUCUGGCAUCCGAUGAUACUCAAAAGUCCCACAGAUCUAAGCAUCGGAUGCAUAAAUCUGGGUCAUCUCAGAAGACUACGAGCAGGUCUCUCUCUUGUGACUCACAGUCUAAGGGAUCAGUUUCUACUCCUCGGGGGCCCACGAAGGUUGACCUCAGCAAACUAGAAAUGGCUGCCUUAUGGAGAUAUUGGCGACACUUUAACCUUGUGGAUGCCAUCCCCAACCCAUCUAAAGAGCAACUAAUUGAUGUUGUUCAGAGGCAUUUUACAUCACAGCACCUGGACGAAUUGCAGGUCAUUGCUGGGUUUGUGCAGGCAGCGAAGCGACUGAAAACAGUGUGCAAAUGACCUCUGGGCAAAGAGAGUGAGAGAGAUGUCUUUGCAUUUGAUUGUUGGCGCUAACAAAUACUGUGACCUAAUGGCCUGCCCCUUCCUUCCUUCCUUCCGAAGUUAAUAUAUGUAAAAUAUGUAUCCUUUGCUUUAUUGCUGCUUUUGGUUUAGUAGGUGGUUGGCAUCCUUAAGUUAUAGAGGAUUGACUUGUUGCUAAGUCUGUUUAGUUAUGUGUACAUAUAUGUGAUCUCGUUAACCGACCUCUAAAGAAGCCUCCUCCUGGGCCUUUUAAGCUUAGUUGAACUUGAAUGUAUGACUGAGGGAAGUGGGUUUUUUCUAGAUGUGUAUUCUGAUGUUUUAAUUAUGAUAGGCCAACCUUGAAGAAUGAUUGAUGUGGAAUGAGAAAAUGCUGUUUAUUUUGUCAGAGCAGUGAUCUGAUUGCCUCCAUAAUGCUGUUUAGACUAUGGGCUCGAUUGGAGCUGAUUUUUUGGGUGUGA